AUGGCACACGUACAACCACGCCACCAUGAUACUAAAUCAAUUGCUGGAUCGUCUGAUACCAUUGGCGUUGACGUUGUAGAACGCCGCGAUGAUUCUUAUGGUGAGACGGAUGCCAAUGUGGUCUCCGUUGAAGAUGCCAUUGUGGAAUACAAUGAUGUGAGGCGUGAAUUAUCACGGAUCAGCCGUGUAGCAACGCAUGAAGGAGAUAUGGAGAAGGGCCAUGUGGAAGAAUUCGACCUCGAUGAAUAUCUACAUGGAAUGUCGAAUGAUGCUGAAGAAGCAGGCACCAAACCCAAACAUCUUGGUCUCAUUUGGAAAAACCUCAUGGUCCAGGGUCUUGGAGCUGAUGCGCAUACGAUUCCCACCCUUCAAAGUGUGCUUGCUCGUACUGUACAACCUUGGAAGUAUUUCGGCAUUGGAGUUGGUGGAAGUCAAAAGACCAUUCUUCAUGGCCUUACGGGUUUCUGUAAAGAUGGCGAAAUGCUUUUGGUGCUUGGUCGUCCUGGUUCAGGAUGCUCUACUUUACUAAAGGUGCUCAGCAAUAUGCGUGGUUCUUAUACGCGCAUUGAGGGCGAAGUCAGCUAUGGUGGCAUUGAUGCACUUACCUUUGCAAAGAGAUAUCGGGGUCAAGUUGUCUAUAAUGAAGAGGAGGAUCAGCAUUAUCCCACUCUUACCACAAAACAAACCCUUCAACUCGCAUUACGAACAAAGACUCCCGGCAAUCGUCUUCCCAAUGAAAGCAAGCGUGAUUUCGUCGACAAGAUCUUGUAUCUCCUUGGCAACAUGCUCGGUCUCACCAAGCAAAUGAAUACAUUGGUUGGCAAUGCAUUCGUCCGUGGCCUCUCUGGUGGAGAGAGAAAGCGUCUUUCCAUUGCAGAAGUUAUGACAACACAAUCUUCUAUCAAUAACUGGGAUUGCUCCACCCGUGGCCUUGACGCAGCUUCAGCACUCGAUUACGUCCGUUCGUUGCGUAUCAUGACCGAUGUUUUCAACAAGACAACCAUUGCAACACUAUACCAGGCAUCCAACAGCAUCUACAACGUUUUCGACAAGGUUCUCUUGCUUGAUGAAGGUUACUGCAUCUACUUUGGCCCUGUUGAUCAGGCUCGAGCUUAUUUUGAAGACAUCGGCUUCUAUUGUCCGCCACGCAAAUCGACACCUGAUUUCUUGACAGGCUUGUGUAAUCCAUUGGAACGUGAAGUGCGCCCUGGAUACGAAGAUUCGGUGCCACAACACGCAUCUCAAUUCCAAGAUCGAUACUAUGAAUCCAGCAUGUACAAACGCAUGAUGGCGGAGCUUGAGGAGUACGAGACCAAGAUCAAUGCCGAGAAACCAGCAGAAACUUUUGCUGAAGCUGUACGUGAAGAACACCAAAAACGUGCACGCAAGAGUGGCAUCUAUACGGCAUCCUUUUAUCAACAAGUCAAGGCCCUUACGAUUCGACAAUAUCAUUUGUCUAUCAAAGAUAUCGAUGCCCUUAUUUCAAGAUUCGGCACCAUCGGUGUCCUCAGUCUUAUCACUGGAUCAUGCUUCUAUCAAUUGCCAAUGACGGGUAUGGGUGCCUUCAGUAGAGGUGGUGGCUUGUUUCAGCUCUUGGUCUUUAAUACCAUGGUUUGCCAAACGGAGCUCAUUAACUUUCUCGAGGGCCGACCAGUUUUGGAGAAGCACAAGCAUUUUGCAAUGUAUAGACCUGCUGCAUUUUAUAUUUCGCAAGUUAUUAUGGAUAUCCCAUUCGCCAUUGUCCAGGUCUUCUUACUUGAAAUCUUUGCGUAUUUCAUGAUGGGUCUUACGUUGGAUGCUGGUCGCUUUUUCACGUUCUUUAUCGUUAUGGUGUUCACCAAUCUCAUGAUGAAUGGUGUCUUCCGAUCUUUUGGUGUGCUUACCAACAACUUCUUUUUGGCGAGUCAAUUGUCGAACAUCAUGUAUACUAUCGUGCUUUCACAUUGCGGCUAUAUCAUCCCAUAUGCAUCCAUGCACCCGUGGCUAUUCUGGCUUUAUUGGAUCGAUCCUCUUGCAUAUGCUUAUAAAGCUUUGUUGAUCAAUGAAAUGCAAGGCCAAAUGUAUUCUUGUGACGGUGUGGGAAAUUCGAUUCCACAAGGCCCUGGUUACGAUGAUUGGAGUCAUAAAGUUUGCACGAUGCAAGGUGGCCGACCAGGGCAAAACUACGUGCUUGGUGAUGAUUAUCUGCGUGAACAUCUCAGUUUCGAGCCAAAUCAUCUAUGGGCGCCUAAUUUUAUUGCGGUGGUUGGAUUCUUUAUUCUCUUUACGGCUAUCAAUGCACUUGGCAUGGAAUACCUUGGCACAGACAAAGGAGGUGCUCUUACCAAACUUUACCUUCCUGGCAAGGCACCCAAGCCACGUACCAAUGAGGAAGAAGAUGAACGUCGUCGUCGUCAACAAGAGGUCACUGCCAACAUGGAAAAGGUGUCUACUGGUACAACAUUCUCAUGGCAUCACGUGAACUAUACCGUGCCUUUCAAGGGUGGUCCACUUCACUUGCUUAACGACAUUUCUGGUAUCGUCAAACCUGGUCACUUGACUGCUUUGAUGGGAUCUUCUGGUGCUGGCAAGACAACCUUAUUGGAUGUGUUAUCUCGUCGUAAGACCAUUGGCCAAGUGGAAGGACGCAUGUACUUGAAUGGUGAAGCUCUUCUAAGUGACUUUGAACGUAUCACCGGCUAUUGUGAGCAAAUGGAUAUCCAUCAACCUGCUGUCACUGUGCGUGAAUCCCUUCGAUUUUCAGCCUAUUUGCGUCAAGAUCCCAGCAUACCCAAAGAAGAAAAAGAUGAAUACGUGGAGCAAAUCAUUCAGCUAUUGGAGAUGGAUGACAUUGCGGAUGCACAAAUUGGUGAAGUCGAAAAGGGUGCUGGUAUUUCGGUUGAAGAACGUAAACGCCUUACCAUUGGUGUCGAAUUGGUGGCCAAACCCAAGUUGAUCUUUUUGGAUGAACCCACUUCUGGAUUGGAUGCUCAAAGCUCAUACAACAUUGUUCGAUUUAUCCGCAAGCUGGCUGAUGCUGGAUGGCCUGUACUAUGCACGAUCCAUCAACCCUCUGCGAUCCUCUUUGAGCAUUUUGACCAUUUGCUGCUUUUGGUGCGUGGUGGCCGUACAGCCUACUAUGGUGAAAUUGGACCCGAUGCAAGAACAAUGAUCAAUUAUUUUGAAUCCCAUGGUGGUCCCAAAUGUGCACCCGAAGCCAAUCCCGCCGAAUACAUCCUUGAAGUGGUUGGCGCUGGUACGGCUGGCAAGGCUAAACGCGAUUGGGCUGAUAUUUGGGUGCAUUCGGAUGAAGCAAAGGCACUUGAAGAAGAGCUUGAACAAAUCCACAACACAGCUGAUCAACAUCCUACACGUAAGGCACAAGCAUACUCUACCUCAUUCUGGAGACAACUUUAUCUUGUACACAAGCGGAUGGCUCUUUGUUAUUGGCGCUCACCUGAUUACAACCUUGGUCGUUUCAUGGCGAUUAUGGCACUCGCAUUGAUCAUUGGAUUCAUGUACUGGAAAAUGUCGCUCACUGCUAUCGACAUGCAAAACAGGGCCUUUGCCUUGUUCAACAGCUUUUUGAUGUCGUACACUUUGGUUUGCCUAGCUCAACCGAAAUUUAUGAAUGAACGGCGAUACUUUCGCCGUGAAUACGCCUCCAGAUUUUAUGGAUGGAUUCCUUUUGCCAUUUCCGUCAUCGUGGUGGAGAUUCCUUACAUCUUCUUUCUCAGCGCCUUUUAUAUGAUAGGCUCCUACUGGACGGCAGGUUUUGUAAACAGCCCUGAAACGUGUGGUUAUUUCUACCUCAUGCAGAUCAUCUUUGUCUUUUGGUCGGUUACGUUUGGUUUCUCGCUUGCUGGCAUUUCCGAAAAGCCCAUGGUAGCUGCUGUUCUCAAUCCACUUAUGCUCUCGCUGCUAUUGCUCUUCGCUGGUAUCAUGCAGCCCGCAAAAAUGAUGCCAAAGUUUUGGAGUUCAUGGAUGUAUUGGGUUGAUCCCUACCAUUACUUUGUCGAAGGUCUGGUGGUCAAUGAACUGGAAACGCUUCCCGUGCAAUGCAAUGAGAAUGAUGUAGCAAGGUUCACACCUCCUGCUGGGCAAACGUGUGGAGAGUACAUGGCCAACUUUUUUGAGAGCGGGGGCAUGGGUUAUGUGGUCGAUCCAAAUGCUACUGAUAUCUGCGCUUAUUGUAAUUAUCAAUCCGGCAAGGUAUACUACGAGACGAACUUUGACUGGUCAGCUGAUAACAAAUGGCGUGAUCUCGGUAUUAUCGCUGGAAUUGCUGGUUUUAACGUGGUUGUGUUCACCAUUCUCUGCUAUUGGAAACGCAAGGCAAAGCGCUAG